AGCCUUUUAUCUGGCGGAAGUGAACGGAAUAGCUUCGUUUACAGACACACCGUAAGUCCAGUCCAGUUAGGCAGGAUAUAACUUGUUGUGUUAUUUUAAUUAUUCAACAUAUUGCAGAGUGACACAGAAGAUGGAAAUACAAAAGGAAAUGAAAAAGAUGACUCUUGGCCAUGAAAUUGGAGCUGGAGCAAUGUGUUUGAAAUGCAAGGACAAAUGUGAAGGAUUUGAGCUGCACUUCUGGAGGAAAAUAUGUCGCAAUUGUAAAUGCAGCCUUGAAGACCAUGAUGUGCAGAUGAAUACAGCUGAAAGCAAGAAAGUGGGCAAGCUGUUUGAGGACACCAAGUAUACUGGCCUCAUAGCCAAACUGAAGACUGAUGGUUUUCCUGCUUAUAAAGGCAAUAUGGUCACCCUUCCAGUUGCAGGACAAGUCAAAGAUAUUGGGAAAAUGGUCACCUUUGAGUGGGCACCACCAGUUGCAAAUCAACACUUGGUAGCAAGAUACAUGGAGCUGUUACCGCCUGAGAAGCGGCCAGUUGCUGGUACUCAAGGUGCUGAGUAUCGCAAGCGGCAGAUGGCCAAACAGCUUCCUGAGCAUGAUCAGGAUCCCUCACGCUGCCACGAACUCACACCAGGAGAGGUUAAGCUCAUGCAACAAUAUGUGCGGAAGUGCAAGGAUGAGGCUCUUGGUGUAGGAGACCUCAAACUGCCGGAGGAUUUGGUUGGGGGGGUGGCACAUAGCCCAGGAGUCAAAACUGAAACUGAUUUGAAAGAUGCAACCAGACCUGAGUCUGGGUCAGAACAGGCUUAUAAAGGGACCAUCUCUACAACUGGAUCAGCCGGUGCCCAAGGAAGUUCAGGCAAAGAAUCCAUGGAAUCAAUUUAUUGUUGCAACCAGUGCCACCAGCAAAUGAAAGAAGGUGAGCCAGCAGUAUAUGCAGACCGUGCAGGUUAUGAUAAGCUCUGGCAUCCAUCAUGCUUUGUAUGCUGCAUCUGCACUGAGCUAUUGGUGGACAUGAUUUACUUCUGGAAGAAGGGCAAGCUGUACUGUGGUCGGCACUAUGGAGAAAGUGAAAAACCCCGGUGUGGAGGCUGUGAUGAGUUGAUCUUCAGUAAUGAGUACACCCAAGCAGAGGGCCUAAACUGGCACUUGAAGCACUUCUGUUGCUUCGACUGUGACUGUGUCCUGGCUGGGGAAACAUAUGUAAUGGAGAAGGAUCAUCCUGUCUGCAAGUCCUGCUACAUGAAGAACUAUGCUAUGAUCUGUAUGGCUUGUAAGAUCCCCAUUGAACCUGAGGCACAGCGUGUGUCCUAUGGAGAGAGCCACUGGCAUGCAGAGCCACAGUGUUUCCAAUGUUCCUGUUGCUCCAAAUGUCUUAUUGGUCAACGUUUCAUGGCUAUGAAAAACAUGCUCUUCUGCUCUGUGGAGUGCAAGAAAACUCUUCAGUAGACCACCCCUGUCACAAAGUUUGCCAUCUUAAGAGCUAAGGGCAUUGCUACUGGUAAUUUAAUAAGGAUCUGUGGCCUUUGUGCUUAUCCUACUGAAUACUGUACCUGUGUUUGGUUAGUAGCUGUUUUAACUAGUGCAGUACCUGAUGGCAUAUCUAUCACACAGUUAUGCAAUAAAAGUUAUUUGCAGUC